AUGACCGACACUGAAGACCAGACUGCGGAUGACAGUGCGUCGGCCUGCAGCAGCAUGGAGGUGACGGACCGCCUCGCCUCCCUGGAGCAGAGGGUCCAGAUGCAGGAGGAUGAGAUCCAGCUGCUGAAGUCGGCUCUGGCUGAUGUGGUGCGAAGGCUCAACAUGUCCGAGGAGCAGCAGGCCCUGGGCUCACGCAGGGGCCCCACCAAAGCAGCUGCAGGGAUGAGAAAGUCCCCGUCCGCAGACAGCAGUGUGGGUAGGACAGCUCGACCAAUGAUUGCCACUCUUCCAGUGCGGCCUAUGGUCAACAAUGGGACAGUCCUACCAAAGAAAGGCAGCGGUCUCCCGUCCCCGUCUGGGUCCGGGAGCAGGAAAGACUCUGGUCCUGCAUCUAAUAAGAGCACUGUGAGGAGAGCCAACUCCAACGAACACAUGAGCUCUCUGACCCGGAAGGACUCUGCAGACAGCAAGAGAACACGAGCCGGAUCCACGGGCAGCAACUCCAGCGGCAGGAGGAGCGACAGCAAACCCAGGGAGCCCGUCUUUAACCCAGGAAAUCGCCGUGUGACCCAUUGCAAAGAGGAAGGCUAUGUCAAGCUGUUUUUGAAGGGCCGACCCGUCACUAUGCACAUGCCCAAAGAGAGGGUGGACAACUUCAGCCUGGAGGCCCGGGGAGAACUGCCCGCCUCCCGCCUCAAGCUCCACUGGGUCUAUGGUUAUAGGGGUCGAGACUGCCGCUCAAACCUGUUUCUGCUGCCCACUGGAGAGACCGUGUACUUCAUGGCCUCAGUGGUGGUCUUGUACAACGUGGACGAACAGCUGCAGCGACACUACACCGGUCACACGGACGAUAUCAAAUGCCUUGCCGUCCAUCCAGACAAAAUAACCAUAGCAACAGGCCAGGUGGCAGGGACCUCGUCUGAUGGAAAGCAACUUCCCCAUGUGCGGGUGUGGGACUCCGUCAGUCUCAACACUCUCCACGUUCUGGGGAUGGGCUUCUUCGACCGCGGCCUGGUCUGCCUGGCUUUCUCCAAGUCGAAUGGAGGGAAUUCACUUUGCACUGUUGAUGACUCCAACGACCAUGUGCUGUCAGUGUGGGAGUGGCAGAGAGAGACCCGACUGGCCGAGGUCAAGUGCUCCAACGAGUCUGUGUUCGCUGCGGACUUCCACCCCACGGACAGCAACGUGGUGGUGACAUGCGGCAAGUCCCAUCUGUACUUCUGGAACAUGGAGAAAGGGACGCUGAGCAAGAAGCAGGGGCUGUUUGAGAAACAAGAGAAGCCCAAGUUUGUUCUGUGUGUGACAUUUACGGAGAACGGAGACACCAUCACCGGCGACUCCAGUGGAAACAUCCUGGUCUGGGCCAAAGGCACUAACCGCAUCAGCCAGGUCAUCUCCGGGGCACACGAGGGCAGUAUCUUUACCCUGUGCAUGCUACGGAACGGGACCCUGGUGUCUGGGGGGAAGGACCGCAGACUGGUGUCCUGGGACAGCAGUCUGCAGCAGAUACAGGCUGUGGAGGUCCCGGAGGUGUUUGGCCCCAUCAGGACCAUUGCUGAAGGUCGAGGGGACACAGUCUUGAUCGGGACCACGAAGAACCUGAUCCUCCAGGGCAGUCUGGAUGGGGAGUUUGUGCCCAUCACUCAGGGUCAUGUGGAUGAACUGUGGGGCCUGGCUGCUCACCCCUCCAGACCUCACUUCCUCACGUGUGGAUAUGACCGUCAAGUGUGUCUGUGGGACUCCAGCUCACAUCAGCUCAUCUGGAUCAAGAGCCUGGAGGACACCGCCCAGUCCGCAGGAUUCCACCCCUCUGGAGAUGUGGUUGCCAUAGGAACCCACACUGGCAGGUGGCUGGUGCUGGACACUGACUCCAAAGACUUAGUAGCGGUUCACACAGACGGGAACGAGCAGCUCUCCACAGUGAAAUAUGGACCAGACGGAAACUUCUUGGCCAUCGGAUCACACGACAAUUACAUCUACAUCUACGCCGUGGGGGAAAGAGGGCGCAAGUACAGCAGAGUGGGCAAGUGUUCGGGCCACUCCAGCUUCAUCACUCACCUGGACUGGUCUGUGGAUUCCCAAUACCUGGUCUCAAACUCAGGAGACUAUGAAAUUUUGUUCUGGAUCCCGUCUGUGUGCAAGCAGGUGGUGAGUGUGGAGACCACCAGGGACAUCGAGUGGGCCACCAACACAUGCACUCUGGGCUUCAAUGUUUUUGGCGUGUGGCCCGACGGUUCGGACGGGACCGACAUCAACGCUGUGUGUACGUCCAGAGACAAGAGGCUCCUGGCGACCGGAGAUGAUUUUGGGAAAGUCCAUCUGUUCUCUUUCCCCUGCUCACAAUUCAGGGCGCCCAGUCACGUUUAUGGCGGCCACAGCAGUCAUGUGACCAAUGCCAGCUUCCUUUUGGAUGACAGCUGCCUCGUCACCACCGGAGGAAAGGACAUGAGCAUCCUGCAGUGGAGGAUCGUCUGA